AUUUUUUAUUACGCACUUAAGCUCCGCCUCUUUAUAAGCAUUUUCAGCGUGUCUUCAAUUUAGUAAAGCGACUUGCCGGUUUGGGGAAAGAGCACGUGAAAAAGUUGUAACCUUUUUUGUCAAGCCAGAAACGGAGAUGCCCGAGGUACAAGAAAAUAUGGAAGAUGGGGAGGCCGAAACCUUUGCCUUUCAGGCAGAGAUAGCACAGUUGAUGAGCUUGAUUAUCAACACCUUUUACUCAAACAAGGAAGUCUUCAUCAGAGAAUUGAUUUCCAAUUCAUCAGAUGCCCUGGACAAGAUCAGAUAUGAAUCUCUUACUGAUCCUUCAAAGCUGGAUGCUAACAAAGAACUUUGCAUUAAUAUCAUCCCCGACAAAGAAAACCGCACACUAAUCAUUGAGGACUCGGGCGUCGGCAUGACCAAAGCAGGGCUGGUAAAUAACCUGGGUACCAUUGCAAAGUCUGGCACCAAAGCAUUCAUGGAGGCACUGCAGGCUGGUGCAGAUAUCUCUAUGAUUGGUCAAUUUGGUGUUGGUUUCUACUCUGCUUAUCUGGUUGCAGAGAGAGUUAUAGUGGAGUCGAAACACAAUGAUGAUGAACUGUAUACCUGGGAAUCGUCGGCUGGUGGAUCAUUUACAGUGAAGAGUGGAGCGUCUGCUCCCCUAGCACGAGGCACCCGUGUUAUUCUCUAUUUGAAAGAGGAUCAAGUCGAGUACCUUGAAGAGAGGAGAAUCAAGGAAGUAGUCAAGAAAUAUUCUCAGUUCAUUGGCUAUCCCAUCUACCUUAGGGUGGAAAAAGAGCGCGAGAAGGAAAUUUCUGAUGAUGAAGAGGAAGAAGAUAAAAAGGAGGAAGAGAAGGAUGAAGAUAAGGAUGAAGAUAAGCCAAAAGUUGAGGACCUUGAUGAGGAUGAAGACAAGGACAAAGCAAAGGACAAGAAGAAGAAGAAAAUAAAGGAAAAGUACACAGAAGAUGAAGAACUGAACAAGACAAAGCCCAUCUGGACCAGAAAUCCAGAUGACAUUACACAGGAGGAGUAUGCAGAGUUCUACAAAUCUCUAACAAAUGAUUGGGAGGACCAUCUUGCAGUCAAGCAUUUCUCGGUGGAGGGUCAGCUUGAAUUCCGUGCACUGUUGUUCGUACCGAAGAGAGCUCCCUUCGAUCUCUUUGAGAACAAGAAGAAGAAGAACAAUAUUAAGCUGUAUGUGCGUCGUGUAUUUAUUAUGGACAACUGUGAGGAUCUCAUCCCAGAAUACUUGAACUUUGUUCGUGGUGUUGUAGAUUCGGAGGACUUGCCACUGAACAUUUCUCGUGAAAUGUUGCAGCAAAGCAAAAUUCUUAAGGUCAUUCGAAAAAAUAUUGUGAAAAAGUGCAUGGAGUUGUUUGAAGAUAUCAUGGAAGACAAGGACAACUACAAGAAAUUCUAUGAGCAGUUUGCCAAAAAUCUGAAGCUUGGAAUCCAUGAAGAUACAACCAACAGAAAGAAACUAGCAGAUAUGCUCAGAUACCAAACAUCCCAGUCUGGUGACGAAUUGUCUUCUCUGAAGGAAUAUGCAUCUCGUAUGAAAGAGAACCAGAAAAACAUUUACUACAUCACAGGUGAAACCAAGGAGGCUGUACAGAACUCUGCAUUUGUUGAGCGUGUUAAAAAGCGAGGUUUGGAAGUGAUCUACAUGACUGACCCCAUUGAUGAGUACUGCAUCCAACAACUGAAGGAGUAUGAUGGCAAAACCCUGGUCAGCGUUACCAAGGAGGGACUUGAGCUGCCAGAAGAUGAGGAUGAGAAGAAACGGUUGGAGGAGGCGAAGGCACAAUUUGAAGGUUUAUGCAAGGUUAUGAAGGAGAUUCUGGACAAGAAAGUGGAAAAGGUUGUGGUGUCCAACAGACUUGUGACGUCGCCAUGCUGUAUUGUUACCAGUCAGUAUGGUUGGUCAGCAAACAUGGAGCGUAUUAUGAAAGCCCAAGCUUUGAGAGAUACGAGUACAAUGGGCUACAUGGCUGCCAAGAAACACCUUGAGAUUAAUCCAGAUCAUCCCAUCAUAAAAACGCUGAGGGAAAAGGCCGAUGCAGACAAGAAUGACAAAGCUGUUAAGGACCUGUGUAUGCUGUUGUUCGAGACAUCUCUCCUUGCUUCUGGCUUCUCACUCGAGGAUCCAACAUCACAUGCAAACCGCAUCCACAGAAUGAUCAAACUAGGUCUUGGCAUUGACGAAGAUGAUGGUGCUGCUGGUGAUGUUGGAGUUGAUGUAGCUGAAGAAAUGCCACCAUUGGAAGGCGAUGAUGAAGAUGCAUCCAGGAUGGAAGAAGUGGAUUAGUUUCAGUGUGAUACUCCUUGAGAAAAAAGUUUUUUGUUUUAGACAUUUGUGAUGUAUUUCAUAGAAAUCACCCUUUCGUUUAUCUUGAAAAUGACUCUUGAACAUUCAUGUUACAUUCAUCGAAACAAAGAAAGUUAAUAAAAGUUUAAUCAUUGUG